GACUGACAGGCGUUACCGACAAACGAGACCAAGCCAAGCGUCAACAUGAGUGGUCAGUUUGAGGAAGACAUCCACGACCGAAGCGAGAGGAAGAGCAGUAAGUCCCCGACACUGCUCUCCUCUUACUGCAUAGACAGUAUUCUGGGCCGCCGGAGUCCCUGUAAGGUCAGACUCAUAGGGGCGCAAAGUUUGACGAGUCUACCCGGCAGAGGAGACCUGGACAAGACGGUGGACGGGCCAAUGAAAGACCCCCUCUCUCUGAGCGCAGACAUGCACCUGCCACCCAAACUCCGCCGGCUGUACGGACCCGGAGGGAAGUACCUUCACGACCACGCGGAAAAACUGGACAGGGAUCGGCUCCUUCUGGAACAAACCAGCGACAGCCUCAAAAUCAGCCAAGCGCCGCAGGUGAGCAUCAGCCGCAGCAAGUCCUACAGGGAAAACGCGUCUCUGAGCCGGGGAGAGGGCGACCAGAGCCCCGGGGAGGGCUCGGAGGACGGCAGCCUGGGACUGGUGGAGCUCGGCCCGUUGAAGUUUGAGGAGGACGCGGGGAAGGAGGAGGAGAGCUGCGGGGACGCGGCCGCUCUGUCCCCGAAGGAUGAGGAGAGGGAGAGCUUGAACGCCGGGGAUGGGGACGUGAGGGACGGGGAGGACAGCGUGUGUCUGUCGGCGGGCAGUGACUCAGAGGAAGGGAUGCUGAAAAGGAAGCAGAGAAGAUACAGGACUACCUUCACCAGUUACCAGCUGGAGGAGCUGGAGAGAGCUUUCCAGAAGACACACUACCCCGACGUCUUCACCAGAGAAGAGCUCGCAAUGCGUUUGGAUCUUACCGAGGCCCGCGUUCAAGUGUGGUUUCAGAACCGCAGAGCCAAGUGGAGGAAGCGUGAGAAGGCCGGGGUGCAGGCCCACCCGUCAGGAUUACCAUUCCCAGGCCCCUUGGCAGCAGGCCACCCUCUCAGCCACUACCUGGAGGGGGGACCCUUCCCUCCUCACCCCCAUCCCGCCUUGGAGUCGGCCUGGACGGCUGCUGCUGCCGCUGCUGCUGCCUUCCCGGGCCUGGCCCCUCCACCUCACAAUGGCUCUGCUCCACCCCUGGCCACUCCGCUCGGCCUCGGCACUUUUCUGGGAACAGCUGCCAUGUUUCGCCACCCUGCCUUCAUUGGACCCACUUUUGGCAGGCUCUUCUCCAGUAUGGGUCCUCUGACCAGUGCUUCCACCGCUGCCGCUCUCCUCCGUCAGCCCGCCCCUCCCGUAGAGAACCCCUCGCACGCAGGUCCAGUCCUCCCUGACCCUUCGUCUUCUUCUUCCUCCUCCUCUUCCUCAGCUGCUGCAGACCGCAGGGCCUCAAGUAUCGCCGCUUUGCGCCUCAAGGCCAAGGAACACUCGGCUCAGCUCACCCAGCUGAACAUCCUGCCCACCGGAGCCACGGGGAAGGAGAUACACACACAGAGCUGAAGAACUGCAGGGGAACCCAGACUUUUAGAAAGGAUUCUUCAAAUGUGGACAACAGGAGUGCUCGACAUUAACACUGCUUAAUCUGUAUGCAUUGAUGUGGGCUGAGCCAGUCUGCUUCAAAUAAAGGCGAGUUGGAGGAGGUCCCCCCCGAACCAAAGGAAAAAAACUGUCCAUAGACCUUCCGUAGCCUUCUCUACAAGCCUGACUCCUCUCCGCUUCUCGCCUGUCCACCGGUCACACUCAGCAACACCACUGACCUCUGAUUUUAUUUUAAUCCCUUGGAGUUAUUUGUUCCAAUCCAUUUCGUACAUUUCUGUAAAUUUCACUCUACUUUGAUUAUUACAGCAGUGGUAUUUCUGCUGAGUCUGGCUUAAGGACACGUGAGCCAAGUUGAGAUCUGAUGACCUGACUGUGUGUGAGAAAACUGUACAUACUGUGUAAAAAAAAUACAACAAAAAAGGAUGAUUUUCAAAACAAGGUCAUGUAUAUUUAAGGAGACCAUGUUUUGAUCAUUUGCACUCGGUGUAGUGUUUAAUGAAUGUCGCCCUGUGUAGAAUUUCACCUGUGUUUAUGAAUUAUUAGGUUUUUAGAUCAUUAUUUAUGUCAAAACUUUUCCCCGAUAUGGAACUGAGUGAAGGACAGGUCUUUUUUUUCUUAUUAAGUGAUUGUAAGUUUCCUGGUUUAAUAAUGCUAAUUUGAAUAAAUUACACUGGUAAAAUGAGUUAUCUUUUAUUAUUUCAAUUUCCUUUAGGACUGACAUAGG